AUGCGUCAUUUGGAAUGGGAAGACUUGGGAGUGAAGGUCGACGGCCGCUUCCUACAUCACCUCCGCUUUGCAGACGACAUUGUGCUUAUAACACCGAACAUCGAGCAGGCGGAACGAAUGCUGGCCGAGUUUGAUAGUGCUUGUGGAAAGAUCGGCUUGAGACUGAACCUAACGAAGACGAUGUUCAUGAGAAACGGAUUGGUACCUGAUGCUCCUUUCACGUUAAACGGAACGAAUAUCUCCGAAUGCUCUAGCUAUGUGUAUCUAGGUCGGGAAGUCAACAUGAUGAACGACCUAGCUCCAGAGCUGUGCAGAAGGAAACGCGCCGCGUGGGGAGCAUUUAAGAAUAUCGAGGGAGUAGUGAAGAAGACAAAGAACAUCCGGCUCCGCGCUCACCUUUUCGACACUGCUGUCCUUCCUGCUUUGACGUACGCCUCGGAGACCUGGACUCUACGAAAGCAGGAUGAGCAUGCUGUCAGCGUUAUUCAACGCGCUUUGGAAAGGACGAUGCUCGGAAUUUCCCUAUACACGCAAGUGCAGAAGGGAAUCCGGAGUUCCGAGCUCCGUCACCGAACGAAGAUCAGGGAUGCCGUUGAUUACGCCAAGAAAUCGAAGAUCAGGUGGGCCGGACACGUUAUGCGAUAUAGUGAUGACCGUUGGACCAGGGCGGUUACUGACUGGAUCCCUCGGGACAUCAAACGAACACCAGGAAGGCCGCCGACGAGAUGGUCAGACUUCUUCACGAAAGCUCUGAACGAAAGGAAUGUUGAACCUCGUGUCCCUGAAGCGAGAACGGUUCACUGGACCACUUUGGCUCGUGACAGGGACGAAUGGAGACGUUACUGGCGCCCGCUCGAGGAUUUCGAUGAUUAA